AUGGCUAAUUUUGAGCAAUCGACAUGGAAGCCCAGAGGAAGAUUGGGUGCGGCAGGUUCACUAUCAGACGACCAACCUGAUAUCGACACUGCUAGUAAUACUGGAGCACUCGAAGUCUUGACCUUAGCGUCUGAUUCAUCUGGCUUGGAGUCCGAUUUUGACUCAUUCGCUUCAAGACUUGGCGGGUAUCUGGAAUACAUGAGGGAAAAUCUAAUCAAAUCACAACAGCAAAGGGCGGAACUGAUGAACUUGGUAACAUCCCUGCAGUUACCUGAGCCUCAGCCAGACCUCGAUUACCAACUCGCCCGACUCGAAAUCUCCAAUCUCAUCACGACUGGGAUGAACCAUUUGGCACUUGAGCAGUAUCACGAGGCCGAAGAAGAAAUCAACCGCGCACUUGACAUGGCCGAACAGAUGAAUGAGGGGUUGGACCGUGCCAGAUGCUAUUACUGGUUGGGCCGUAUACAAGUUGAGCAACGCAACUUCUCCCUAGCCUACCAAUACUUUAGGGACGCACAACCUUUGCUCAUAGAUGGUCGGUGCCUGGAAAGCCACAGUCUCAAGUUUUAUCUCGAAUUUGCUAAAUCUGGAGGUUCUGAAAAAAUUCCGCUACCUUUCUCCGAUCCUUUACAUGUGAAUUUAGGAGUAGAAUUAACAACCAAUGAUUCAAUUGAGGAGAGCAAGGAUCUAUCCAAGAAGCGCAAAUGGGAUUCACAAUCCUGGAGCCGUGUGCUACGACUUUCUAACUCCCCUCGUCACACAUUGAAGUCUACUAAUCGAUUGAAUAUGUGGACAGUGUUAGACGCCGAGGAUUACAUCCAUCCAGAUAGUUCCUUACGGUCCUUUAGGAUGCCUUCGAAGCCUGAGCUGAAUUUGUGUGAAUUUCAAUGGGCCUCGCAAGCUGGAUCGCGCCCACCACAACUGGAAUCUUUCAAGUUCCGCUGCUAUCCUCGUGGAUUAACUUCUCGUACACGAAAUACCAAAAUUUUCGAUGAACAACCUGGAGAGAAUAUCAUGUCUGCUGAUGAGUGGGAUGUUCUACAACAGCAUGCAAAGAACAAGAAGGUCACACUGGCGUACCUGGCAAAUGAGAGACGGAAAUGCAACGAUACUGACAAGCGGAAAUAG